UUCAGUUAAAUAAUGUAAAUAUCAAGAAUACAUUAUAAUCAUUUAUCAAUAAUCGAACUUGAAGAAGUGGAACUUGUGGAAUCAUUCAUAUGAAGAAUUGUUAACAUUUCACGUUUUAAAGUUGAUUAUUUAUGAGUUUUAAUGUUUUAGAAUAACAACUUAACAAAAUGUUCAGAUAGAUGUAAAAAAAUACAUUGGAAAUGUUGGUUUCGUGGAAUUCAAAGGACAAUUGUACUGACGGGAUUUCAAUUAUAAGGGAAUAUUUCAAAUUAUUAUUCAAAAAAUGCCUAUAAUAUUUCGUCCGAAUAAAGUUGGAUCAGAACCUGAUUCCAGUGCCAUUCCGGAAAAUUGUACUGCGCAGUUAAUGCAUUAUUUUGACUGUGUUUGCUCAGUAUUAGAUUUAGACUUUAUAGAAUACAACAUUCAGAAACUUAGAUCUUACAGAAGUUAUUACAAUUUGACCGACGGUGAAAAAAGAACGCUCUUCAUGUUAUGUGGAUUAUUUUCAGUAGACGUUAUGCGAGAUAAAUGUAUUAUCGAGAACGAGGCUUUGUGUGAUGAUGAACAUGUGAAGUUCUUUUCGUUGCUUGCUGUUAAGACAAUCGUAGAGCCAAUCAAAUACAUUGAAAUAGGUGAACUUCAGAUCAAGGUAAUACAAAUAAUGUUCUAUAAAGAAAGUUGGAUAAAGAAAUUUUAUCAUAAACCUAUGGAAUACUUUCAUGCAUUAUAUUCUCAUCUUAAUGAACAUCGAAAACCGGCAACUACUAUUGACGCAUCAAUUGUAAGGACGACUUCUUCCCCGGUUCAGCAUAGCGAUAGAAAAGAUUUUAUAGAAAGCACCAAGGGAAAUAGCAGAGGUCACAAACACAAGGGAUCUCUGUCAUGGAAGAAAGCGAAUGACACGUCUCGAUCUCAUACUUCGUGUUGCUCCUGUAGUAUUCUAUAGAGAAGUUAUAAUUUAUAAUGAAAGGAACGAUCAAAAACGCAGGACACUGCAAAAUAAUUAUAUAGACAGAAUAAUGAGAAAGGAGAAUACUUUUCUAACUUUUAUAUUAAGAAUAAGUUAUUACAACGUAUAAAAUACCCAAGUUAGAAUUAAUGGCCAAUAAAUGAAAUCCACACUGGCGUAUCUUUUUAACUAUUAUGCUGAAUAGUCAGCGGUUAACGGCGUCAAAUGUUUAUCUUGGUAUAAAUAAAGGCAACAGUAGUAUACCGCUGUUCGAAAGUCA